AUGACAGAACAAAAGGAAGGGCAAAACGAAAUUGGUGACGAACAAAAUUUUGGAUUUGGAGUUUCUAAAUUUUUAACGUUUUUGCAGGCGAUUGGAGGAUAUGAUGACGGAGAAAAAGAAGAUGAAGAAAUUGAUUUGGAUCGAGUGGAUGAGUUGGGGAAAAAGAUGAAGCCGCUUGAGCAAUAUCGUAUGAUGUGUCACCGAUUUCAUGGGAAGAACCCAAGUAAAAACAAAAUCAAACGACAAAACAGACUUAAGGCUGAGAAGGUCCUCGAGAUGAAAAUGGACUUCAACGACACCCCUCUUGGAAGUGUAACAGCAGCGAAAAAAGUGAUGGAAACACAACACAAAGCAUUUGUCGACAUUAAACAAGAAAAGGUGUAA